AUGGCUUCUGCUCAAGGAAGUGCUCACUCCAAUCUAGCACAUACUCAAUCCACACAACCAGUCUCAAAUUCUAAUACAGAGUCUAAUUCUCCCAAUCCAUUUUUGCUUAGUGGCUAUGGUUCUAGCACUCACUGCCAAGAAGAAGAUAGUUUUGUGAAUGGCAAGAUUGCAAAGCCUGAUAUUGAUUCUCCCUUGUAUGAAGAUUGGGAAAGCUGUAACACAAUGGUGCUUUCUUGGCUGAUCAACUCCAUGCAUGUUAAUGUUUCCAGCAACAUCAUGUAUUAUGAGACUGCAAGAGAGAUGUGGCUUGAGUUGCAAAAUCUCUUUUCUCAGGGAAAUGGUCCAAAGAUUUACAAUCUACAACGAGAGAUUUCACAUAUAUCUCAAAAUCAAAUGUCGAUAACUGAGUAUUACUCUAAAUUCAAGAAACUUUGGGAUCAAUUACUUCAUUAUGAACCAUUACCAGCAUGUACUUGUGGAGCAAUGAAGAUUCUAAAUGUUGAACAUGAGAAGGCCUAUGUCAUGAGGUUCUUGAUGGGGCUCAAUGAGAAUUUUGAGAUUGUGAGGAGUCAGAUUCUCAUGUCUGAGCCAUUUCCAUCAAUGAACAAGGUGUAA